AUGCGUCCGGAAGCCUUGCACGUGACCCGGCGCUACUCCACGCGUCUGGUUGAGCAGGAACCGAUCCAGUUAGCAAAACGUAUCCGAACUCCCCUCCAACUGCUGAAACUCUUGACCCACGAUUGCCUUAAUCUUCUGCCGCCAGUCUUUUCAGCUGGAUCCGUGCCUUACCACGCGGAGUCAGCGUUCGCGUCCACGCUGUCGAGGGUAAUCGGGGUGUCUGGAGAGAGAACAGGGACGGCCAACCUGAAGAACAAGCUGUUCGUCUUCUUGAUGGCGCGCAAGAACACUGUUUGGGAAAAGUUCACGUAUGUAUGUGGGCUGACCUGCAGCUGCCCGGCCAAUGCUCGCUGCUCCCUAGCCAUCGUUCAGAGCUUAGCUGACCGCCAGCCCAGGCUGCCCCGCAGGUUCCUGUAUAGGACUCAGGGUGACCCUCGGGCUAAAUCACAGCGAGACUUCAAAGAAUCCGCUGCGAUCGCCUCGCAGACAGCUUCCGCGCGUGAUGAUGAUCAGAAAGAGAAGCAGUGCUACCGGGACCUGCCCCCAUCACCACCGCCGCCGCCAGGACCGCCUCCUCCCGCCGCCGCUCCCGAUCAGAGGAAGCUCCUGAGCUCCUGGCAGUACCGCCGGAAUCUGCUCACCUACCUGAACGCCGACCGGCAGAAGCAGCCGUCCUUCUGCGACCUGCUCAUCAUCGUGGAAGGGAAGGAGUUCAGCGCCCACAAGGUGGUGGUGGCCGUGGGCAGCAGCUACUUCCACGCGUGCCUGAGCAAGAACCCCAGCACGGACGUGGUCAUCCUGGACCACGUCCCCCACUCCGUCUUCCGGCACCUGCUGGAGUUCCUCUACACGGCGGAGUUCUUCGUGUCCCAGUACGAGAUCCCCCUGGUCCUCGAGGCCGCCAAGUUCCUGGACAUCAUCGAUGCGGUCAAGCUGCUCAACAGUGAAGGCGUCCACCCCCCGUUCCAGCCCCAGCGCCUGGAGCAGCCGCCCCCGGAGGAGUCGCUGAGCGGGUUGACCGGCGGGCGGCUGUCGGAUGACCAUCGGUGCACCUUCUGCAGCAGACACUUUUGCUACAAGAAGUCCUUGGAGAACCAUUUGGCCAAGACGCACAGGUCCCGCUUCUUGGGGAAAAAACAUGGGCUAAACAUGCUGGACAGAGGGUUUUCCGCCAGGAGGUCCAAGAGGAACCGGAGGUGCCCCGUGAAGUUCGAAGACGCCGCCGCUGGCGAUGCCAAACGAGAAGGUGGCGACGGGUCAGACAGCUUGAACCGAGACCGUUUCGAGAAGGGGAAGCCCGAUAGGAACGAUUCCGAGGAUCCGGGAAGCGAAGGUAACGCUGAGGAAGAUGAGCUAGAGGAGGAGAUGUCCGAUGAGUUCUCGGACACCGAAGAGCCAAGUGACAAGGAGCCGAAUGGUGCGGAGGAGGAGGAGGAAGAGGAGGAGGAGGAGGAGGAAGAAGAGGAGGAGGAAGAGGAAGAAGAACCCGAGACCGGCGAUUCUGCAGGAAGUAUUCACGACGGGUUAUCUCCCGUCAUCAUUCAGAUAAAUAACAAAAAAAUCCUGCAGUGCCCCAUAUGCGAUAAAACCUUCGACCGGAUAGGGAAAUACGAGAGCCACACACGUGUUCACACAGGUGAGAAGCCCUUUGAGUGUGAUAUUUGUCACCAGCGCUAUUCGACAAAGUAUAACCUGGCUGUUCACAGGAGGAAGCACGGCAGCGAAACCGACUUUCAUAAGAAGGAGCACAAGUGCCCUUAUUGUAACAAACUCCACGCCAGCAGGAAGACGCUCGCCAAGCACGUGAAGAGAUUUCAUCCUGAAAAUGCACAAGAGUUUAUUUCCAUUAGGAAGACCAAGAGUGAAAGUUGGAAAUGUGAGAUUUGCAAGAAAUAUUUCACUCGGAGGCCUCACUUGGAGGAACACAUGAUCCUGCACUCCCAGGACAAGCCCUUCAAGUGCACCUACUGCGAAGAGCAUUUCAAGUCACGGUUCGCCCGGUUAAAGCAUCAGGAAAAGUUCCAUCUGGGUCCCUUUCCGUGUGACAUCUGCGGCCGCCAGUUCAAUGACACGGGGAACCUGAAGCGCCACAUAGAGUGCACGCACGGCGGGAAGAGAAAGUGGACCUGCUUCAUCUGUGGGAAGUCCGUGCGAGAGAGAACCACGUUGAAGGAGCACAUGCGGAUCCACAGCGGGGAGAAGCCUCAUCUCUGCAGCAUCUGUGGGCAGCGGUUCCGUCACGGCAGCUCGUACAGACUUCACUUGCGAGUCCAUCACGAUGACAAGAGGUACGAGUGCGACGAGUGUGGGAAAACAUUUAUUCGCCACGACCACCUGACGAAGCACAAAAAGAUACAUUCAGGUGAAAAGGCUCAUCAGUGUGAAGAAUGCGGAAAAUGUUUUGGCCGCAGGGAUCAUCUCACUGUUCAUUACAAGAGCGUGCACCUUGGAGAGAAAGUGUGGCAGAAAUAUAAAGCCACCUUUCAUCAAUGCGAUGUCUGUAAGAAAUUUUUUAAAGGCAAAUCAAGUCUCGAAAUGCAUUUUCGGACGCAUUCAGGUGAAAAGCCAUACAAGUGUCAGAUCUGCAAUCAGUCGUUCAGAAUUAAGAAAACCUUGACCAAGCACCUGGUCAUUCAUUCGGACGCCCGGCCUUUCUACUGUCAGUACUGUAACGCCACGUUCAAGCGGAAAGACAAGCUCAAGUACCACACGGACCACGUGCACGGCAUCAAGUCCCCCGACGACGCUCUGAGCGCCUCCGAGGAGAAGCUCGUGCCCUUGCCCGCGGAGUACUCGUCCGACGACAAGAUCUUCCCGGCAGAAACCAAACAGUACACGGACCAGCCCACAGCCUAUCAGACGGAGGCCAAGACGAUGCUCCAGGACGUGUCUGCCGAGGUGUGCGUGCCCGUGACGCUGGUUCCCGUGCAGAUGCCGGACGCCCCGGGCGACCUGGGGCAGCACAGCGCCCCCCUCCCUCCGUCUUCGCACGACAUCCUGUCGCCACAGCCACCGGCAGCCGACUACCCACGGGCAGCUGACUUAGCUUUUCUGGAAAAAUACACCCUGACUCCUCAGCCUGCAAAUAUAGUUCACCCCGUCCGACCCGAGCAGAUGCUGGAUCCCCGGGAACAGUCCUACCUCGGGACGUUGCUGGGCCUCGACAGCGCCACGGCCGUGCAGAACAUGUCCGACGCGGAGCAUCACUCGUGAGCAAGUCCACGCGUUCCACGGGUUUCUUGGAUGCUCACCUGCUGGCCGCCUGGUGCAGGUGGCUUUUCAACAAGUAGGGCUGCGAUUUUUUUCAUUUUCAAGUACUCAGAGCCGUCGCAAAUCAAGAAAAAAUACGUAUCUCUGUUUACUGAACAUGUGAAUGUUUGGACACAUAUUGAGGUAUUUGAAGUGAACAUUUUUAUGAUUUUAAAGGAUUAUUUAGCGCUAAUUUUAAUGGAAUCUCAAACUUUUCAAAAUUAUUAGCUGUUGACACUAUGUUUUGAUUUUUUGAAUCAUCAGUGGAAAUUUUAUUCUUUAGUCUCAUUCCUCUUCUCUCCCUUCCCCGUCUUCCGAACAACUUUAAGGACCAUGUAGGCUUUAGGAAAGAAUUUACGAGAGUUUACUGAUAAUCGCAACCCUUCCUUAUCCGAACUAAGAUUCAUUAUUUCCUCCAGGUUUCUGGAAAUUGGUAUUAGGGAUUUGAAUUUAUAAGGAAGUCUUGGGUAUAUCUGUGUUGUUUCUUAGCCUGGUUACCUGAUAAUUUUAGUUUAUCAUUCUCCUUUGGUCUUUUGACAAAAAGCCAGAAAGGUAACGAGUGUCAGAGUAGCGUGUUCAAUGAAAUGCAGAAUGGAAAUAAUUAUCCAAAUGAUUGGUUUUUUGCCUAUGCUUCAGUUAAUAUGAAUAAGAAAUGCAAAUACAGAUCUAGGCAUUAAAUUACACAAUUGAUAAUGUGUAGAAAGCAAACUGUGAUAGUAUCGUUCAAGGUCAGUUCACCUGUCGUAGCUGCCAUUUAUUUCCCAUUAACAUAUCACAGCAUAGAUCUUCAUCUCACUAAUUAACGAAAUGUAAUUAACAGGUGACGUUUGGUCUCACUGACGUUGGCCGACUGAAACUCUAGGAAACAGGACCGAGAUGUUCCACACACCGUUGUUAGAAAAGGUGCCAAAUUAUACUCUGUGUGUCUGUCUAAACUCAGUGUUGUUUACUAGUAAUUACAGGGAACCACUGUGUGUGUACAGGUGUACAUGGAACCCAGGUUUAUGCUGGCUUUUCCCAUAGGCCUGGAGUCUAAUUAUCCUUGAUUUUUGUUGUCGUCUGAGACAGAAGUUGAGCACUUGGUGAAGGGAAAUGGCAGUUACAGGGACUCCUCACUGAUGACAGCUAACUGAGGAAAAAGUCAGUGAAAUGCCUUUAAAGGUGUGCACUUUCCGUAUCUUCAAGUCAACUUCAACUUCAGCGAGGACACUGUUUCCUAGGAGAGCUGCUGGGAGGGUUAGAUAGGCGGGGCCGAUUCCCGUAGCCUGUCGUUUGUAUGUAAACUGGUGGAAAAUAGCAAUGUUAAGAGUUUGCUAUUUCCGUUUUGUUUACACAACUAAUUGCUUUAAGCACUUUUUUUUUUUUAAUGUAAACUAAUGUCUGGCCCAGCCCUUGUGAGAAAAAAAAAAUCACAAAUAAAAUAAUGAAGUUUUAAUAAAAUUUAGCCACUUAAUGGGGACAGGUGUUUGCUGAAGCACUUAGGAAAGGAAGGUACUUUACAGUUUGUCGUGCUAGUGGGAAGAGGAGAAAAAGUGGUGAGCAUUGAGGCUACUUACCCCAAGUAGCUCUUGUAAAUAAGAAAACCAGCCCGAGUUUUGCCUCAGUUGUUAAGAUUCGGUUAUAGUCAUUCCAGGACCGGUAGAUGUAACUAAUGUAUGAAUUCUCCUGUUUGGCACAUUCUCUUGUGUGUAAACGAUAAUCUAUCUGGGUACUUACGUGGCUGAACUUGACAAUGUGAGGUACUGUUAGUCUGUUAGUCUUUCAGAUCGACUUUGAGAAAUACGUAUCCUGAGGAUUUUUAACAUAAAGAACAACACGGCUUUGAACUAAAAAAGUUCCUCUUAGGAAAAGAAAUCAUCAUAGCCAGCAGUGUACCCUGCCUCGAAUAUAAGCCGCGUGGAAGACUGGGACUUGCAAAAAGGCAGAUGGUCUAGACGUGUGUGUACAGGGUGUAUUCUGUUUGGUAGCAGGACAGAAGGGGUGUUGCAUUUUCACAGUGAAAAGAAUACUUUGUUUUUUGAAGGUAUUUACUUUAGGGUUCUUUUCAUCACCUAAUGCUUUAAAUACAUGAUUCGAUGGUAGGGAUUGGUUUACAGUAGUCAACUUUUCCGGAAUGCAUCUCUUCCGUAAAAUGAAAUACAAAUCUAUUUAGUUAUUGUAGGUCACUACGCCUGAACAGAGGUUUAUAAAUUGCUUUCGCAAGUUAUCUUCUGUAAACUUCAGACCGAGCUCUGAGGGCGAGUUGGACGUGCUGUCUUCCCAGUUUGGAGAGAGGGCGUCUGAGGCGAAGGACGCAGUUACGCCCCCAUCAUUGAUGAGUGGCAGGUCCCGGCUUCUAGGGAAGGACACGGGGCAUCAGUCCUGCCUUCCAGGUGCCAGGCACCGCGUGUUCUCGCGUCGUCGUCAGCAGGCUGGGCGGGGAAGGGUGAUGGUGACGAAGAGAGAGUCUCAGCGGACGAACAAGCAAACAAUCCCAAUCUGCUGCCUCUAAUUUCCAAAUUAGAGCCUAAGAAACACUAAACUGGUGAAAACCUCGUAGAUUUGGGCAAACUGAAUGUAUAUAGUUUUUGAAGUUGGCACAAGAAAUAUGAAAUGAGGCCUCCUCUUUUCACUUAACCUUUUGUACUAUUUGGGAGUUUCUGGGACAAAUGUCCCAUCAACUCUAAAACUCGUUACUUCUGUACCUGUACUUAAAUUUUGAAUUUUGCAACUAAGCUUAGCCUCAUUCAGAAUUUUUUAUCUUAUGAGCAUAAUUUAUUGUUUUAAAUUAAUGUUUUAGCUGAUAGCAGUUAGCACUUAAUAUGUAAGUGGAAUAAUUUAUAAAGUGUAGAGAUUUGUUAACCUGCUCCGUUUUUACUUAAAUGCACCAAAGAUUUUAGUAGGUAUUGCAAUAGUUGAAAAGAAUUUAAAUUCUUCGUUGUCUGAAUAAAUAUUUGUCCAAAGAAGCACAGUUGAAGUCCUAGGCUUAUGGAUUAAAAAAAAAAAAUGAAAAUGGUUAGUUUGAAUACUAAGAUGAAGUGUUUGUGUUUAUAUGUAUAAAAACAAGAACAGAAGAAAGUACUCUGGAAAGAGUCAUACUGACAGAUGAAUCACAAGUAAGAACGCUGUUUUCCUCAGUUUAAUGCAUAGAAUGUUACCUUAAGUGAACACUAUUAAAUGCCUCACAGUAAGCUUAUUUUUUACACUACACUAUUAAAAUCAUUUGCCUUAGAUUUUUUUUUUAAGACGAGUUGAAGUUAUUUUUGUAUGAAACACUCCACCUAUUUUUUUGCAGUCUAAAUACCAGGCAAGGUUAGGGUCGGUUCUGCAUCCAGCAAGAUGUAACUAACUCCGAAGGUCGUGGUCUUGGCGUCCUUUUAAGUAAUUGAGUCAUUUAUCGCCACGAGAAGAGUGAGCAGCCAGAUAGGGCUUAACCUGGUGCUUUACUGAGUGACUUCCUUUUGGGCGAUGUUAGGUCCACUGAUAACUUUUGGUUGACCUUUUAAAGUGUCAAAGCAUCUUAGCGGAGUAACUAUAAACCGUUAGUUGAGGGCUAGUAAAAUAUCAUGCGUUGUUUUCCAUUCUACAAUUGCAAGCAAAGUAAAGACACAGCUAAACUGGUAUGUUGGGUAGUUUGCGUUUUCCUCCUUCCAGAUCAUUCGACCGUGUCCCUGGGGACAAAUCAGUCUUGGUGCCCUGGCCCUUUGACCGUCUUGUCUGGAUGGAAUGCUCCGUGCCUUUCCCCUGUGUUGUAGUUGCUUCAAGUUGCUUCCGCCGGCCAGCGUGUGCCGGCUAACAAAGGGGUUUGAUUUUUGUGGUUGUUAUGGGUCUUAUGUGUGUGUGGCCUGCUGGUCAGGCAGCACUUUAUUAUAAUUUUUUUCUAGGUUGCUUUAUGUUUACGUAAGGAAUAGGCACUCGCGUACUUCUGUGAAUAUUUGUUGUUUGUUUUUUUAUGUCUCUUUUGGCCUUUAUAGUCACUGCAAAGACACUCCCAGGCCUGGCUCUAUACGCUUCUUAGAGGAAUCUAACAAAUAAAAUAAAAUGAGUUGUGUGUCUGUCUCUCUGUCUCCUCCUCCCUCAGUUUUUUAACAAUAAUCAGUCACAUAACCACACAGCUCUCUACUGAGCGGUUUCUGAGUUCAGUUUGCCUCAAACUGAACAAGAGGUGGUGAUGGCUUGAAUGAGUUUUCCCUUAGGAGCAGGAACAACCCAGCCAACCAGCGAACAGCUUGAGCGUAUCAAAUCGGGCAGAGGGAGGACUUCGAAAGUUGUGUUGGGGUGACUCGAAGAUUCCGUGCCAAAUUUAAAAUGAUGAGAAUGUACAAGAAGCCAGUGGCUUUUCUAAGACUUUAAAUAGGGUAAUGGGCAAGUGUUACCUGCUAUUAGAGCGAAUGAUGGGUAAUGUGAGAAUCAUUUUCUAACCCGUUUAGAAAAUUGGACAGCUCUGUCUUAGGCCCUUCGCUUGCUUUUGCAUUGCCUCUCGGUAAAGUCUGCAGUGGUUUCCUGAGGGGGAUCGGCCUCUUUAUUUCCUUCCAAACUAUUUCUUCUUCGCAGUCCUUUUAUGCUGGAAUAUUAGCAUGCCCUCUGCACCUCCUUUGGAAGUAGCCUUAAUAAGACAAAAGUAAUAGGAUUAGCUUGUAUGAUAGAUGAGAGAUUUUGGUAGAGAGAAAGCCUACGUUUUGUUUACUCUUCACGCAUCAACUUGCUAUGUAUUGAUUGAUUUUAAGUCUAUGACUAUUGGAAAAAUUCCCAAAGAAUCUAAAUUUAGCCUCUGUAGCCAUUAUAUAAAUAGAAAUGAAGAUUAUAUUCACGGAAUAGAGGUUAUACAGAGAUGGACAUACCUCUUUUUUUCCCCCCCCAAAUUCUUAAGUAUUGUCAGUGCUUGCAUUACUUUUGGAAAUUCUAAAACGUUUCUUGAAUAAACAGCAUGUACACUUCUCAUGGUUAUUUCUCCUCUUUGCUCGGUAUUCCUGCUUGCGGUGAAGUUGGACAGCACCCUGGGGUGCAAUUACAAAACUUUUAUUCCUUCCAGCCGUCGGGCUUGACUUGCAGGUGAAACUGGAGGACAGCUGAUGAGUGUGGCGGCCAACAGAUGAGUGCAGAGGUGAGCACUGAGCUGCUCCACGCUGUGUAGUACCUGUUAGGAUGAAGGGGACUCACGUUCAUUAAAGUGAAAAUGCUUUCGAACUGCGUUUGCAGUCUCAGGUCCCAAGUUUUGUCUUAAUCCUUAAGGACACGUGUCAGAGCAGUUACAGAGAGAAACCUCAGAUAUCCACAGGCGUCGUUUUGUCGACCGUGUAUGACGUUCCCGGGCGAGUUGUCUGGAUACGUUGGCCGUCCCGUGUUUCUUAAGCACCAGUGUCUUUGUAGAAAAGUCCCCAUGUCUGUGACGAGGAGGAUGUUGUAUGCUGAACUAGUUCUCUGUGUUAUUUUGAUACUUAAAAUAAAGUUCUUGGGUCUUCAUAAA